GGGAAGGAACGACUGAUGGGACUCCACAGCGCUGGCGGCUGCCCCUCCCCUCUGAGGUUCCACACUCCCGCAGACGCUCCGCCCCCCCCCGCCCUCGGCGCCGCAGCCGCCAUUUCCCGCCCCGCCCCGGGCGUCGCUCUCUUUCCGGCGCGGGCGGACAACAUGGGGACACCACAAAAGGAUGUCAUCAUAAAACCUGAUGCCCCAAGCACGUUACUUUUGGAGAAGCAUGUGGACUAUAUAGCUUCGUAUGGAACAAAGAAAGAUGACUAUGAAUACUGCAUGUCGGAGUAUUUGAGGAUGAGUGGUGUGUACUGGGGGCUGACAGCAAUGGAUCUCAUGGGGCAGCUGCACCGCAUGAACAAAGAAGAGAUCUUGGAAUUCAUCAAAUCCUGUCAACAUGAAUGUGGUGGAAUAAGUGCCAGCAUAGGUCAUGAUCCUCAUCUUCUCUACACUCUCAGUGCUGUCCAGAUUCUUAUCUUAUAUGAUAGUCUACAUGUUGUUGAUGUAAAUAAAAUUGUUGAAUAUAUACAGAACUUGCAAAAAGAAGAUGGAUCAUUUGCUGGAGAUAUAUGGGGUGAAAUAGAUACAAGAUUCUCCUUCUGUGCUGUGGCAACUCUUGCACUUCUGGGAAAGCUGGAUGCUAUCGAUGUGGGGAAAGCAGUAGAAUUCGUUUUGUCCUGUAUGAACUUUGAUGGAGGAUUUGGUUGUAGACCAGGUUCUGAAUCACAUGCGGGACAGAUCUAUUGUUGCACAGGAUUUCUGGCUAUAACAGACCAGUUGCAUCAAAUAAAUGUUGACUUGCUGGGUUGGUGGCUUUGUGAACGCCAGUUACCUUCUGGAGGCCUCAACGGACGACCAGAGAAGUUACCUGAUGUGUGUUAUUCAUGGUGGGUGCUGGCAUCUUUGAAGAUGAUUGGUCGGUUGCACUGGAUUGACGGAGAGAAACUGCGCUGCUUUAUUUUGGCUUGCCAGGAUGAGGAGACUGGAGGAUUUGCUGACAGACCAGGCGAUAUGGUGGAUCCUUUUCACACCUUAUUUGGAAUUGCUGGACUAUCUUUAUUAGGAGACGAACAAGUCAAGGCUGUCAAUCCUGUCUUUUGUAUGCCAGAAGAUGUCCUUCGAAGAGUAAAUGUACAGCCAGAGCUUGUGACCUAAGCCUUGUGGAGACAAAAGGUUGAUAUGCCAGUUGCUUUAGUUUUACUGAUUUAAGUCAUCUCAUCUCUGGAACGGUUAGCAUAUUCUUCUGUCAGAUGUGUUUACAUUAGGAAAGCAAAGCAAUAGCGUUACCGUGGGCUUUGUCACAUUGCAAAUGUAUUGGAACAGGCUGGUUCUAAUAAUCUGUAACAUGUUCUUUGGUUGUAUAUAAGAGAUGUAGAAACAUUUCUAAUCUGUAUCUAAAUAUAUGGGCUUUUGCUUUUUUUUUUUUAAUUUUAAAGUCAAAGCGAUAGUAUGAAUGCUCUGAUUUUUCAUAUUCCUGUGAUAUCAACCAUGCUAGCAUCUGUCUUUACACAAGCAUGUGUUGAUGGUGGAUCACACAAAGCACUUUAAAAGAAUAUGGAAAAAAAGAAUCCAAAUAAACCCC